GGUAAAUAAAUCCAAAAUCCAUUCUUUGCUUUCUGUUUUCGAUCUAUUCUCUUUUUCCAACGAUUCCACCUUUCGUUUCUCUUCAAAAUCAGCCAACUUUGUUGAAUUUUGCUUCCAAUGCCAUUGCAAGCAAAGAAUUCAAAAGAGGGGAGUCGAGCUUGUUUGGAGUGUUUAGACAAUGAUGUCUGCUCGAAUGGAAGUGGAGACAAAGGGUUGGUAUGUCCGAUUUGCUGGGAAUCUUUCAACAUUGUUGAGAAUGUGCCUAAUGUCUUAUGGAAUAAAAGAGGGGGAAAAGUUCCAAGCUAAUACUUUCGUGUUAUUCAUUAGUGAUGAUGGGAGUUGCUCAGAUGGCACACCGGAAAAUCUUCCCCUGGCACAAGCGAUCAGUCAAAUGGCAGCAGAUCCCUAAAGGACAUCAACAUCUUCUACACAGUGAAAUAAAAGUUGCCGAACAUAUAUAUUUUUAAUUUUCUCUUGCACAAGUCUAUCUACACAGAUAAAUUCUUCCUAUUGCUAUGUCCGAAACGAAAGGAAAAGGAAAAAAUGCAUCUUAAUCAGGUGAACGUUAGAUCCUAAAACAAGCAUUUGGAUAAAAUAUGAAGGAAAAAAUGUAUUUGUAUUUUUAUGUUGCCCGAGAUAAUAGAAUUACCUCUGUAAUCUGAUUGCUGUUUAAUGAAAUUCCAAUUUCCUCUAUAAAAUAAAAUAAAUAAAUAAAACAAUUACCUCAUCUGCCUCAUCAAAUUUUCCAUUGUUUCAAAUGACACUUCCCUGAAAGAAAUCUCAACUUUUUAAGCGAUGAAUUGGUUGGCACGAGAGAUGGAUGCUUUCAUUUAAAGGAUAAUAUAAACCUGUCUAGAGAAAGGAUGAAUUGCUAUGGUUGGUCAUAGGCAAACACCAGCAUGCAAGCUUUGGUUAUAUGCUUUGCAUGCAAAGGUUGGUUUGGAUAUUCUUCAUGUGCAAUCAGUCAAGAAACGUAUUCUUUCCCUUCAUUCUUUGUGUUUUAAAUUGUAAGAUUUAUAUUAUAUUAUUUGAUCCUUCAAACAUCUUCAACAAGGUAUCUUUUCCCAAAAGGUUUGAGAACAAUCUUGUUUUGGUCUGAUAGCUUUUUGUUUUUCUUUUAGUUCGUACAGAUAUUAUCAGCUCAAAAGAAAGAUUCUCAAGACUAAAUAAGUAUAAUAACACAUCCUUUUUUUUUUAUGAAAAAUGUAGUUUCUUUAUUCUUAUAACCUCUAAAUUCUAAAUUUCGUCUAACAAUAUACAGAUUUUCAUCAUUUUGACAAGAUAUCAAAAUUAGAGAAAUCGCAGACUAUGCAAUAAAAAAAUAGAAGUGAUCUAAUUUUUUUUAAUAAGAAAAUGUAAAUAUAGUGGAGAG